AUGCCGCGUAGAACCACUUCUAAGAAGUCCAGAUCCUCCAAGAAAAAAGCCCCAGAGGAAGAGUUCUGGGAGAUUACGGGAAUUCUUGCUGAAAGGACCGACAAGGGUUUCGUCGAAUACCUCGUCAAGUGGAAGGACGACCCCAAGACCGGAAAGGAGUAUCCUCCUGAGUGGAGUAGAGAGGUAACAUCUGCGGCCAAAGAGGAAUGGGAGAACAUAAAGGCUGAGAAGCGUCUCCAAGAAGACCAGCAGCAGAGGCAGCAGCAGCUUGAGCUACAGGCUGAACACCAAGCUGAGCCGGGACCAGCGCCGGGCCCGGAAUUAGACACCCAGAAACUGCUGCAAGAGCAGCAACAGCAAGAGCAGCAGUCGGAAGAGCAGCAGUCGGGACCGCCAGACCACGACGAGCAGCAGGCAGACCAGAAGGAGUCCUCCUCGGAUUCAGACAGUGACGAUAGUCAGCCGCCGCGGCCUGCUCAUCGGCGACGCAUAAACCAAGGUCAGAAGAAGCGUCCGCGCUCAAACUCAUUGAGCUCGGCAUCUUCGAAUUGCUCCCUUGCUCCGCCACGUAAAGUUCUCAGAAGCGACACGGGCGGGUCUCUUGAGCCUCCAGUAUCUCUUGUGUCCUCACCUUCGAUCCCUUCGCCGUCUGAAGUCUCGGAGCUACCUGAAGCAGUCGCCUUGGACCUACCUGACGUCGUCGUCUCGGAUCUGCAUGACGGAGUCGUCUCUGAGCUGCCUGACGAAGUCGUCUCGAAACGCAAUUCGCCAGAGAGGUCUCGGUCUAUGGUAGUGGCGAUUCCCGAGCCUGCGAAUAUCAAUCGAGCUGAUUAUCUGAGCAUCUUUGGUUCGCAAUCGAGCGGCAAUUCCACGCAGCCGGUAGCCGAACGCGACAGUCAGGACAGCCUCUUCUCCAUUGCGCAGAGCAGCCAAGCCCCAGCGAGCCAGGGGAUUGAGAGCCAAGAAACUGUUGGUCAAGGGACUGUGCCGGACUCCCAGGAGACAUCGGAUCGAUCUUGGACUCAAGCUCAGAUCGACGUAUUGCCUUCAUCUUGCAGGCUGACUGAUCCCCAGCCCCCAGGCAGCGUACCAGACUCCAGCUCUCGCGUCAUUCCGGAUUCUCUCGAGGGUCCCUCGACAGCAGCGACACAUCAGUCCAGGGCCACUCAAGACCGACAGGCAUCAUCACCGUCAAAGUCUCUCAACGCACCCGAGGCCCCCGUUCAAGAGUCUCAUGAAACUGGCAGCCCUGACAUUCCAUCACGCCAGCCCGACGAGCUGAGAGACGCCACAGGCCCCCGCAGCCCUGCUCUGUCCGAGUCGGUGUCGCACAGCACGCCUGCCUCCCGCGUGCCACAGCCUCCGGGUUCCUCAAGCUCGGCAGAGGCCAUACUUACGCAAUCGGACGCGAGCCCGAGGUUUCUUACUCAGCCGCCCUUUUCGCUCCUCCUGGAGCCUCCGCAGAGCUCUGUUCAUAGUCGAAUCUUUGAAUCGCCUGCUCAUCCUGUUGCCGAGGUUGUUUCCACCACCGCCUCUGGCCCUUCAUCUGCUUCAGACCCAGGAGCUUCUCAGGCUGCUCAGAUUGUUGCUCGCGACUUCGAGCCACUAUCCCAACAUCUUGCAGAAAGCUCGUCCCCGUCCGAGUCUGAACAGAUCCGCCAUCAACUGGAGGCUGUCGCUGUUCCAUCACAGCCCACAGCGCCAGCAGGUGUCGCAAGGCAUCAAACAACAGCUGCAACACCGCCAACGAAGCAAUCAACCCCCCUCAGUUCUUACAAACGUCGCAGAAUGGAAAACGAAACUCCAGAGCAAGCUGCCGCAAGGCGGCAUUCGGCGCUGGACGCAGAGCUCUCAGGGAUAUUCCGCUGGGACGAUGAUGACGACGAGAAAGCUGCCUCGGCUCAUGUUGCCAGUCAGCCGGUGUCCCAGCAGACACAGCACGAUCAGGCUUCGGUCCACGAAAACGUCGAGCACGUUGCGCCGGCAGAGGAAGGAAGCGCGCCUCACGCCCACACCGAGCUGCCUCUGCUAACAACCGAUAUGCACCAUGCCGUCGUCGAUUUGCCCAGCAGCCAGGGCAGGGAUUCUCCCGAGCACGCGAGACCAGCAACAGCUCAUGCGGCUGUGGUACCUGAAAUUGAGGGUGUCGCCACAUUAGAUACAGCAGCCGAACCACAAGCCCCAACUCCACAGAAGCCGGUCGCCGCAGAGUUGGCCGAUAUUUUCGGUUCAGCUUUCGUCGGGGCGGACUUGGAGCUACCCCCUACAACUGCCCCUGAAUUCAUACAUGCAGAACAAUCUACAGUCUCCCUUGCCGACAUCAGCCGCCAACCAGAACCAGCAUACAGAGACAUUCCUUUGGUGUCUUUCGUAAACCCGGAGGAGACUCUAAUGCAGGAAUCGUUCACGGACACUGCUCCCUCUGAGCCGGUUCAAGCUGAACACAGCCCCAGUGAGUCAUCGGCAUCUUUCGCAGGACCACCAUCAGCAAUCAAGGAGCAUAUCGUGACUCUCCCUUACCAAGCAAGCCUGCGUGAGAAGUACGACAGUAUCAUUGUCGCAUACAAGAACUCGAUCAAGGCGUUCAACAGGUCAUUCAGCGACGAGGACUACUCGGAGCCUGACCUAUCUUUAGUUGCCCGCAUUGACGAGCUUUUCAACGAUUUAUUGAACUUGUGCGAUUAUCCGGGGGAUGCGGUGGGCAGCGACCUGGAAAAACUGUCUCCGGAUGAUCAGGCUAAGUAUUGCUGCGAUGCGAACCCAAAGUUCAACUUCCUACGUGAACUAUUGAGAGGCGUCGAGAAUCAUCUAAACAUUUUGAUCGUCGCUCGCUCACCAGACCUCCUCCGUCUCCUAUGCCAUCUGGCAUGGGCUCUCAAGAUGCCGUUUAGUUGCAAGGCUACUGGCCACGUCGAUCCUGGUGGUUCAGGCCCCAAGAUGGUCCUCGCACUGCCGACGGAGUUUGUCGACCCCCAAAAAUUUGAUGUCGUGAUCGGAUACGACCAUUCCUUUAGACACUCUUCCAUCGCACGGGGACUAUCAACUCACUCUGGUGGCAGCAGGCAUCCGCUCGUUUUGGUGUUGGUUACGACCCAUUCGAUUGAGCAUAUUGACCUUCAUAUACCGGAGGAUUUGACCCUGUUGGAGCGGAAGAGCGUCCUGAUCUCCGGGAUUGUGCGCGCUCGAGACCUUGUGGAAAGGCCUGAUCCCAACCACCCUGAGCCACAUGAGAUUGCUGCUCAAAUCAUCGAGUUCCUCUCGAGCGAUGAAGAGCCGUUUCUGUUUGAACCGACCCCCCUCCCGGAGAAUAUUCUCGACGUCUACGUGCACUCUCAAUCGCGGUCACAAUUGCCAAGUGUCGUCCAACGCGACCCGGAAACUGGCCGCAAGCGCAAGCAUAACGAGUCGGAUGAGUUUGAGAGCAAGCGGCCACGAGUGCUUUCUGCUGAUGAGGCAGUAUCAGCUAUUGGAACAGGUUUGCCUCCAGUAUCCGACGAAGUCAAGGCGCUGUUGAAAUAUGCCACACCGAGGGGAGACACCUCUCGACCACAGGUGUUGAUCAACGUACCACAUACCGCGUUGCAGGUAUUGGCUGAAAAGUUUUCGGAUUACGAGCACCGCCUAGAAGCUUCCAAUCGUGAUGCAGAAUAUCGAGCUGUCAUCACAAGCCUUGAGAAGCGGGUCAAGGAGUACGAGAGAUCAAUGCACAAGAUCUAUGAGACCGACCGUGCUGCGCUCCAAGACCGCUCUCGGUUCGAAAGCGAGAAGCGUAAAAUAGAGGUUGCCAUGCAAUCUGCCGCGGAACAGGCAGAGAGAGAAGCCGAAAAAGCGAGGAAGAAGAUUGCAGAGCUGGAAGCCACUGUGGCGCGGCUGACGCAAGAUCCGAAUGCCUCCGAUCCGCAGGAUACACCUCUGGCAAGAUCCGAGAAGCUUUUGCAGGAAGCGCAGGCUAAGAUUGUUAUGCUCGAGAAGCGGUUGGAGAAUGCCCAUCGAGAGGCAGACUAUAUCCGGUCGACGUACCAGGACGCUUCGUCGAGGGCAUCGGAACUGCAGUCGGAAAACAACCAACUCAGAAGACAAAACGAAGACCUCAGCGAGAAGGCUGCUGAAAAUUCGGUUCGAAUCCAUGAGAUCCAGGAGAGCAAUACUGCGCAUAUCUAUCUCCAGCAGAUUGCAGAACUCAAGGCUCAGAUCCAAAGCAGAGAUAUGGAGCUCGAGCGUGCUCGUGAAGAGCUUCGUCAGCUUAAGAACGGACGGCGAGAGACCCGACAGUCUAGCGUACCACGGAGUCCACGCAUGGGCAUGAUGAGCCCGCGAACCAUUGCCCGAGGGUACGGGGCCCCAUCUAGCAGGGGGGCCAGUCCUGCUGCGGGCGGCGAGGGAAUGCAGUUUUAUGGGCAGCAGCCGGGAAAUGGUCGAUGGGAUCAUUUGAGGGGAUGA